UGGGUUCAGUAUUCGACGAAAUCUUGGCCACUGCAGACGUACAUAUGUUGGAGCUCCCAUCCCACGCUUCCUCUCUCGCUGUCGGUUCUCCUUCGCUUCGCUUUGUAUCGUGUGUGUGCUGUGCUGUGCUGUGCCGUACUGUGCUUUCGGUUCUAUGCAAAUUCGACGAGCCCACACCCGCCAGCAAACAUUAUAAACGAGAAUUCGACUGAAAACGGUACAAACUUUAAAGACUGUUUGGAAGACAUCAAAUAAAGUGUUGGAAUGUCCGAGUGAAUCACAGCCAGCCCAGAUAAUCAUCGUUCACAGAAUUGGUUUGUUUCAUUUCGCAGUGCAACCGAGGAACACCACGGAUGAGUUCCGCCGAUGAGCAAACAUUGAAAUGAGGAACAAAAUUUCCAACCGAGUCUCUGUCUCUGCCCCUGCCAUGUGGCUUGUGAUAAAACGAAUAUAAUGCAAAAAAAAAAUUAAAGUCGAUCCCCCACAAGCUAAUCCUCCUCCACACAGUGUCUGUUAUAUAUAAAGUUUUCUUAAUUAAUUUAACAAUACAAUCGCGCUGUAGCCGAACAAAUUUCGUGUAUAACAAUAGAAACAAAAAUAUAAAUAUAAAAGUAUAUACAUAUAAUAAAUAAAAAUAGCUGGCAAUCAAUAUGAGUGUUCCAAGCGUGCCCCAUCAGAGGGCAGCAAACAAAACUCCAAAUCAAAAUGCGAAACAAAUCCAAGCCCGACACCGACUCUGGCUUCGAUGGCCCAGGGCAACGUACGGAGGAGCCCCUUGCUGGGCGCUGCUAUUGUUGCUGAUUUGUCUCGGUCUGAAUCUGGGCCUCGUGCAUUGUUAUGAGAAAAUGUACAGUCAGACGGAAAAGCAGCGGUACGAUGGCUGGUACAAUAAUCUAGCCCAUCCCGACUGGGGAUCGGUGGAUAGUCAUCUAGUACGAAAGGCGCCGCCCUCCUACUCGGACGGGGUGUACGCCAUGGCGGGUGCCAAUCGUCCGUCGACGAGGCGUCUUAGCCGCCUGUUCAUGCGUGGACGUGACGGGUUGGGCUCCAAGUUCAAUCGAACGGCGCUGCUAGCCUUCUUCGGCCAGGUGGUGGCGAACGAGAUUGUGAUGGCCUCGGAGUCGGGCUGCCCGAUCGAAAUGCACCGCAUCGAGAUCGAGAAAUGCGACGAGAUGUACGAUCGCGAGUGUCGGGGCGACAAGUACAUACCCUUCCACAGGGCCGCCUACGAUCGGGAGACGGGACAGAGCCCGAACGCGCCCAGGGAACAGAUAAAUCAAAUGACUGCUUGGAUUGAUGGCAGUUUCAUUUACAGCACCUCCGAGGCGUGGCUCAAUGCCAUGCGCUCCUUCCACAAUGGCACCCUCCUCACCGAGAAGGAUGGCAAGCUGCCGGUGAGGAACACCAUGAGAGUGCCGCUCUUCAACAACCCGGUGCCGAGUGUCAUGAAAAUGCUCAGUCCGGAGAGGCUGUUCCUUCUUGGGGAUCCACGAACCAAUCAGAAUCCCGCUCUGCUCUCGUUUGCCAUCCUCUUCCUCCGCUGGCACAACACCCUGGCACAGCGCAUCAAGCGUCUGCAUACGGACUGGAGCGAUGAGGACAUCUAUCAGCGGGCGAGGCACACGGUCAUCGCCAGUCUUCAGAAUGUGAUUGCCUACGAGUACCUGCCCGCCUUUCUGGGCUCUGCCCUGCCAGCCUACGAGGGGUACAAGCAGGAUAUUCAUCCUGGCAUCGGACACAUCUUCCAGGCCGCUGCCUUUCGCUUUGGCCACACAAUGAUCCCACCCGGCAUCUACAGACGGGAUGGGCAGUGCAACUUCAAGCAGACUCCAAUGGGCUACCCGGCCAUCCGCCUCUGCUCGACGUGGUGGGACUCCAGCGGUUUCCUCAGCGACACCAGCGUAGAGGAGGUGCUCAUGGGACUGGCCUCGCAGAUAUCCGAGCGCGAGGAUCCUGUGCUGUGCUCCGAUGUGCGAGACAAACUGUUUGGCCCCAUGGAGUUUACCCGUCGCGAUCUGGGAGCUCUGAACAUAAUGAGGGGUCGAGACAAUGGCCUGCCGGACUACAACACAGCCAGAGAGUCCUACGGAUUGAAGAGGCACAAGACCUGGACGGACAUCAAUCCUCAGUUAUUUGAGGCGCAACCGGAGCUGUUGGACAUGCUCAAGGAGGCCUACAGCAAUAAGCUGGACGAUGUCGAUGUCUAUGUGGGUGGCAUGCUGGAGUCGUACGGGCAGCCGGGCGAGUUCUUCGCCGCAGUGAUCAAGGAGCAGUUCCUGCGGCUGCGUGAUGCCGAUCGCUUUUGGUUCGAGAACGAGCGAAACGGGGUCUUUACACCGGAGGAGAUUAAGGAGCUGCGGAAGAUCACCCUGUGGGACAUUAUAGUGAACAGCACGGACAUAGCUGUGGACGAAAUCCAGCGCGAUGUGUUCAUGUGGCACACGGGAGAUCCCUGCCCGCAACCCAUGCAGCUAAAUGCCACCGAGCUGGAGCCCUGCACCUAUCUGGAGGGCUACGACUACUUCUCCGGCUCCGAGCUGAUGUUCAUCUACGUGUGCGUGUUCCUCGGAUUCGUGCCCAUCCUGUGCGCCGGUGCCGGCUACUGCGUGGUCAAGCUGCAGAACAGCAAGCGGCGCAAGCUGAAGAUACGCCAGGAGGCGCUGAGGGCGCCCCAGCAUAAGGGUUCCGUGGAUAAGAUGCUGGCCAGGGAGUGGCUGCACGCCAAUCACAAACGGCUGGUCACCGUCAAGUUCGGCCCGGAGGCUGCCAUCUAUACGGUGGACAGGAAGGGGGAGAAGUUGCGCACAUUCAGCCUGAAGCACGUGGAUGUGGUCAGCGUGGAGGAAUCAGCCACGAACCACAUCAAGAAGAAGCCCUACAUCCUGCUGCGUGUGCCCAGUGACCACGACCUGGUGCUGGAGCUGGAGUCCUACGGCGCCCGGCGAAAGUUCGUGAAGAAGCUCGAGGACUUCCUGCUGCUCCACAAAAAGGAGUUGACCCUGAUGGAGGUUAACCGUGACAUAAUGCUGGCCCGCGCCGAGACCCGGGAGCGCCGACAGAAGCGCCUUGAGUACUUCUUCCGCGAGGCGUAUGCCCUGACCUUUGGCCUGCGGCCGGGCGAGCGACGGCGGAGGUCGGACGCCUCCAGCGAUGGCGAGGUGAUGACCGUAAUGAGGACCAGUUUGUCCAAGGCCGAGUUUGCCGCCGCCCUGGGCAUGAAGCCCAACGACAUGUUUGUCCGCAAGAUGUUCAACAUUGUGGACAAGGACCAGGACGGGCGGAUCAGCUUCCAGGAGUUCCUCGAGACAGUGGUGCUCUUCUCGCGCGGCAAGACCGACGACAAGCUGCGCAUCAUUUUCGAUAUGUGCGACAACGACCGCAAUGGUGUCAUCGACAAGGGCGAGCUGAGCGAGAUGAUGCGCUCCCUGGUGGAGAUUGCGAGAACCACCAGUCUGGGCGACGAUCAGGUCACCGAGCUCAUCGAUGGCAUGUUCCAGGACGUGGGCCUGGAGCACAAGAACCACCUCACCUACCAGGACUUUAAGCUGAUGAUGAAGGAGUACAAGGGUGACUUUGUGGCCAUCGGACUGGACUGCAAGGGGGCCAAGCAGAACUUUCUGGACACGUCCACGAACGUGGCUCGCAUGACCUCGUUCAACAUCGAGCCGAUGCAGGACAAGCCCCGCCACUGGGUGCUGGCCAAGUGGGAUGCGUACAUCACGUUCCUCGAGGAGAACCGCCAGAACAUCUUCUACUUGUUCCUGUUCUACGUGGUCACCAUUGUGCUGUUUGUGGAGCGCUUCAUCCACUAUUCAUUCAUGGCCGAGCACACGGACCUGAGGCACAUCAUGGGCGUGGGCAUCGCCAUCACGAGGGGAUCGGCGGCCUCGCUGUCUUUCUGCUACUCCCUGCUGCUGCUGACCAUGUCCAGGAACCUGAUCACCAAGCUGAAGGAGUUCCCCAUACAGCAGUACAUUCCGCUGGACUCGCACAUACAGUUCCACAAGAUAGCCGCAUGCACGGCCCUGUUCUUCUCCGUGCUGCACACGGUGGGGCACAUUGUGAACUUCUACCACGUGUCCACGCAGUCGCACGAUAACCUGCGCUGCCUGACGCGGGAGGUGCACUUUGCCUCGGACUACAAACCGGAUAUCACCUUUUGGCUCUUCCAGACGGUGACAGGAACCACCGGAGUGAUGCUGUUCAUCAUUAUGUGCAUUAUCUUUGUGUUUGCCCACCCCACGAUUCGGAAGAAGGCCUACAACUUCUUCUGGAACAUGCACACGCUGUACAUUGGACUGUAUCUGCUUAGUCUGGUCCAUGGCUUGGCUCGUCUGACGGGACCACCCCGCUUCUGGAUGUUCUUCCUGGGCCCGGGCAUCGUGUACACCCUCGACAAGAUUGUCUCGCUGCGCACCAAGUACAUGGCGCUGGAUGUGAUAGACACGGAUCUGCUGCCAUCGGAUGUGAUCAAAAUAAAGUUCUAUCGGCCGCCCAACCUGAAGUACUUGUCCGGGCAGUGGGUGCGCCUCUCCUGCACUGCGUUCCGUCCUCAGGAAAUGCACAGCUUUACGCUGACAUCGGCCCCGCACGAGAACUGUCUCAGCUGCCACAUCAAGGCCCAGGGCCCGUGGACGUGGAAGCUGCGCAACUACUUCGAUCCCUGCAACUACAAUCCCGAGGACCAGCCCAAGAUACGCAUCGAGGGACCCUUUGGGGGCGGCAACCAGGACUGGUACAAGUUCGAGGUGGCUGUCAUGGUGGGCGGUGGCAUUGGAGUCACUCCUUAUGCCUCGAUCCUGAACGAUCUGGUGUUUGGUACGAGCACCAACCGAUAUUCGGGCGUGGCCUGCAAGAAGGUAUACUUCCUGUGGAUCUGCCCCUCGCACAAGCACUUCGAGUGGUUCAUCGAUGUGCUGCGCGAUGUGGAAAAGAAGGAUGUGACCAAUGUCCUCGAGAUACAUAUAUUUAUCACCCAGUUCUUCCACAAAUUCGAUUUGAGAACAACAAUGCUGUACAUCUGUGAGAACCACUUCCAGCGACUGUCCAAAACGUCCAUAUUCACGGGUCUCAAGGCGGUCAAUCACUUCGGUCGGCCGGACAUGUCCAGCUUCCUGAAGUUUGUCCAAAAGAAGCAUUCUUAUGUUUCCAAAAUUGGAGUGUUCUCUUGCGGCCCUAGACCGCUGACGAAGAGCGUUAUGUCUGCCUGUGAUGAGGUGAACAAGACCCGAAAGUUGCCCUAUUUCAUUCACCAUUUCGAGAACUUUGGUUGAGCCAGCAUCAGCAUCAGCUACAGUGAUCCAUCUAUCCAUUCACCAACCAUACCUGCCCUGCCAGCGCCUCUCUCUAAACGAAAGCUAAUUCUAUUCUUAAGGUUCAUUCAUUAAUUUAGGCGAAUUUAGUACUGUACGUGCUCGCUAUUUGUUAAUCAUAGUUUACUUUGUAAAACCAUAAUUUAGUCAAGAUUUUUGUAGUGCAGUUCAUUAUGACUGCAGCAACCACAGCAGCAGCAGCAGCAGCAGCAACAGCAGAAAAAAUAGCAACAACAAGAACAACGAAGCGGCCUCUACUUAUGCGAUAUGUGUAUGUAUGUAUGUGUAUAGGUGUAUUUAUUGAAAAUAUGAUUUGUUAUCAGUUUUUGUAAA